UUUUGUGAUUAUUUCAUCAUCUUGCGAUCAGAACCCAAAAAUAGGAAUUCGUACCCGUUUCCUCAAUCUUCAACUCCUGCAAAAUCAAGCCCUAACCCUAAUUCUAGGCUUUCCCUUCAAUUAAACCCUCAAUGGCUAGUGAUUCCACUGACCUCUCUCGUCGCAAGCACCGUCGCUCCUCUCCUUCCGAUGACGAAGCUAAGGAUGCUUCAAAACGCCGUAAGCACCGUCACCAUCACCAUCACCGCCACCAUCGCCGCAGCAAGAAGCACGAAGAGAGUGAUUCCAAGUCCGAAAAUGAGAUUGCUGAGGCUGGGGCUGAAAUUGAGAACGAAAAGCAGGCACUUGGCAGCGGUGCUAUGGGUGUGGUAGUGGGCAGUUCGAAUUUGGGGAUUGAUUACGAUAUGGAGGAAGGGGAGAUUGUUGACGAUAUUUUACCUUCUGCUGCUGCUGCUGUUGCUCAUGACGAUGACGACGUGGAUGGUACUGCGAGGACAAAGGAAUUGGAUUUAGAUAGGGAGACAGAAGAUGAACUACUUCAAAACCAUCCUCUUGUCAAACUCAGUAAUUCAGACAUGAAACUUCAUGAAGCUCAAGUAGAUGCCCCUAAUCCCAGUCUGCCUUCUGAAAGCAAUUUGGAAAAAUCUGACAGGAAUUCAAUAAGUUCAGGAGGGUACAAUGCAAAGAGGAAAGAUAGAGAACAUGAUGAUGAUAAGAUUCACAAGCAUGUAGGUCGGGAAAUAAUGUCUAGUGAGGGAUAUCAUGCCAAUGGCAAUUCUGUUGGAGAAUAUCAUAAAGGGGACCAUAGACAACGUGAUGGAAAACGCUCUCCUGAUAAAGAAGAUAGAAAGCAAAAGAGCUACCGUGGUGAUGAAAAUGAUUUCAAUCAGAAAAAUUCGUUGACAACUGAGGAUGCUGGGAAGAGACACAAGGCUGGUGAUGGAGCCUCUCCUCAUGAUGGAUACUAUAAAAAAGGUCGUUCUAGGAAGGAAUCAAAAUCUCCCAAUCUGUCUGGGCCAUCUGAGUUGGAUGAUAAGUAUUAUAAGGAUUGGAAAUACAAAAAUGAUUCAGAUAAUGAGAGAAUGACUAGACGUAGCAGAGACUAUCGGCAUGGGAGCCGAGAUAUUUCAAGGGAAAAAGGAGAGCGUAGUCCCAGUCAUGGUAGAUAUGUUAGCCGGGAGGAAAGGCAUCAUAGCCGGGAGACUAUUGAAAGAUAUAGGGAGGCAAGCCUAGAAAUUAACAGGGAUAGAGUCAGAGAUAAAGAUAAGGAAAGGGCAAGAGAAAAUUACAGGGUAAGGGAGAGGGAGAGGGAGAGGGGGAGGGAGAGCGAAAGAGAAAAAACCCGGGAUAGAGAGAAGGAGAAGGAUAGGGAUAGACAUAGGGAUAUUGAUAGUGAUCGGGAGAGGGGGAGAGAGAGGAGAGAUAAGGAUAGGGAGAACAGAAGAGGUAGAAAUGGAGACAGAGAAAGAGAUAGGGAUAGUGAUAGAUCCAGCAGGUGUUGUGGAUAUGAUGACUUGGGUAGUAGCUAUGGUGAUCGAGAUAGGUACAGUGCUUCCAGGCAUAUUAGAGAUGAUGAGACUCGCCACAGUCACAGAGAGACGUCAAACAAUGUAGAAGAAAGUAAUUCUGACAAAAAACUAGUUGAAAUGGGAAAUGAGAAAUUCAGAAGAGAUGAUGAUGAACAGGAGGAGUAUCAGGAAAAAAUCACGAUGCAACUUGCUGAACAAGAAGAAGAUAUAGAGAGUAUAAAGGAGGAGAGUAGAAGGCGAAGGCAAGCUAUACUUGAAAAAUACAAGAAUCAGCAGCAACAGACGCACCCUAAAAUCCACUCAGAAGAAAGUGAUAAGGGUCUAGUAAAGCAGUCUGCUCAGCCAGUUCAAGGUGUUAAUCUUGCAUCAGAAGUUGAUGCUAGAACUGAUGAUGCAGACACUUAUGUUGGUGACCAAGAGUUUUCUGUUGGAAAAUCUCCUCACCAGGAUAACCUUUCUGUGAAUGAGCAGACUUCUGGAGUCGGUGGACUGGGACAGGGUAGUCCAAAGAGUGAGAGGUCAAAUGACAUGUUCUGUGAUGAUAUAUUUGGAGAAUCACCUGCAGGAGUUCGCAAACAAGGUAAAGGAGAUGGUUUAGCUAUUGAAAGAAGUGGUCUUAAUGAUAACUGGGAUGAUGCAGAGGGGUAUUAUAGCUACCGUUUGGGAGAAGUGCUUGAUGGCCGAUAUGAGAUCAUUGCAGCCCAUGGAAAAGGAGUGUUCUCAAUGGUUGUCCGUGCUAAAGAUCUAAAGGCUAAACCUGGCGAUCCUCAAGAGGUAGCAAUAAAAAUGAUCCGUAAUAAUGAAACAAUGUACAAGGCUGGUAUGGAAGAGUUGGUGAUAUUGAAGAAGUUAGUUGGUACAGAUCCUGAGGAUAGGCGUCACUGUGUUCGCUUUCUUUCUAGCUUCAAGUACCGGAAUCAUCUUUGCUUAGUGUUUGAAUCUCUUCAUAUGAAUCUUCGUGAGGUUUUGAAGAAGUUUGGCCGGAAUAUUGGACUAAAACUUACUGCUGUGAGGGCAUAUGCGAAGCAGCUAUUCAUUGCUUUGAAACAUUUAAAGAACUGUGGUGUUCUUCAUUGUGAUAUUAAACCAGAUAACAUGCUGGUGAAUGAAGCAAAAAAUGUUCUGAAGCUUUGUGAUUUUGGUAAUGCCAUGUUUGUGGGGAAAAAUGAGAUUACUCCAUACCUAGUGAGCCGUUUUUAUCGUUCCCCUGAGAUUAUUUUGGGCUUGACCUAUGACCACCCAAUGGAUAUGUGGUCAGUCGGUUGCUGCUUGUAUGAGCUUUAUACUGGAAAAGUUUUGUUUCCUGGUCCAACAAACAAUGACAUGCUUCGUCUUCAUAUGGAAUUGAAGGGUCCAUUUCCAAAGAAAAUGCUUAGAAAGGGAGCAUUUACAGACCGACACUUUGAUCAAGAUCUUAAUUUUCUUGCAACAGAAGAGGACCCUGUCACAAAAAAGGCUGUAAGAAAGCUGAUUACUAAUAUCAAGCCAAAAGAUAUUGGUACAAUUGUUUUGGGCUCUCCUGGUGAGGAUCCAAAAAUGUUCACAAAUUUUAAAGAUCUUCUUGAGAGAAUAUUCAUGCUAGAUCCAGAUAAGAGACUCACAGUUUCACAAGCAUUAAGCCAUCCUUUCAUUACGGGCAAGUGAUCAAUGAUGAUGAUUUUGACUGCAGACAUGCUGUUGCCCUAGAUUCCUGUAGAAUUAUGAUAACUAAAUUUACAUUCAGUCUAACCAUUGGGCAUUUAUCUGUUUUUAUCUACUCUGCUGGCUUAAACGCUGUGGUCAGAGUGAUUGUGGUGAUUGAAGGGGGGAAGAGAAGACAGCUGACUGGGAGAGGCCUCUUUCUUGGCUGUUCUUUCAGUGGACUAUUUUCUGUUUCUAUUGUAAGAUAACUUGCUAAUGGCAUUUUUCUUUUUGUACUCAAUUCUUAAUGGUCACCAUUAGCAAGCUCUACACAACAUGUUUUCUCCUGUUAAUCAUUGUUUAAAGAUGUACUUGGACACAAUUGUUGCAAUUGUGAUGGUUCAAGACACAUUAAAAGAUUUCACAUUGAUAGAAGCAUGUUUAUCAAUGUACGUGUAAAUGAGAUUUUACUGAUUUUGGCCAUGUUUGGUUUAGUCUUAA